GCCCUCGGUACGGACGCUUGUACCAAGCCUGCGCCACGAGCGUGAGCGUGAUGUCGCGCAUGCAUCCUUAAUCUCGAGACUGCGCCACGAGGUACCAGCGCGAUACUUGCUCGCCGUCUUGGUCUAGGCUGGCGAAGUCACGACAACAUCCUUGAUGGUACUACUUGAGAAAUGAAAUAGAACGUAAGGCGAGUCGUUGCAGCUGAGCUGAACGCUGUAUAAAGAGUAACUGGUGUCGCGAUGGAGAUACUUCACGAUACCUGACAGCACGCCGUUCCAAACCCAACCUGAAUCUGCACCUCAAAUCACGACGCCUCUCCACAAAUUCCCCCACGCCUUCACGAUCAAAGAAUGGCAUCAGCCUGGCUCGAGAAGUUUAUCGUCCGCAACGACGAAUCCCCAACACCCGACUCGCGCCGCGGGACCGACACCCCAGUGCUGAAGCUCAAGUACACAAGCCUCGCUGAACACCGCCGCAUCCUAACGGCAGAGGGCGAGAAGACACCACUGUACGAGAUGAAACGGCAGUCCAUCCUCGGCGCAUGGGGAAGCAAGAUACACGUUACGUCACCCAUGAGCUCGAACCAAGAAGUCGCGCUCAUCGACUACCACAUGUUCUCCGCGACUAUUGGCUUUCCUCUUCGCAACAGCCAUCGCAUUGAGAUUAGUACGUCGAAGCAGAAUGUUGCUGCGAGCGGUGGGUUGGGGGAAUUGCAUUGGAAGGGCACGGGUAUGGAGGUUGCGGGCGCAGCAUCGUGGGAGUUGAGGGACGAGACGAGUCUUGUGAUGGUCGCGCAGGUUGAUCAUCAGCAGGUGGGUGGGUGGAUCACGCUUUGGAAAGAGGGCCUGGAUGCGCAGACGGUGGAGGAACUUGUUGUUGUGGGUGUUGCGCAGAUUGAGGGGUAUAAGAGGAUGAUUAGGCAAAGUAAGACGUCGGCGGUUGGUGUUUUGGUGAACAAGUAGACGGAUCACUUAUUGUCUGGGUGGAAUGGUGGCUAAGGGUUUUCUCUCAUCGCGGUCACGAAGCGACAAGUCGACGAUGGAGUAGCUGGGUCUCAGGAAAUGUGCGAU